AUGCAGCGCGAAUACAACCCCAGCUUCGCCGGCGUCGAGGACGCGGCCGGGCUGCCCUGUAGUCGUUUCCAAGUGAAGCUGGUGGAUGAACGGCCGGCGCCCAGGGUCUCGCAGGACGAUGAGCCGCCCGAGUACGUCGCGCCUUCCUUCGGCAGCGAGGAAGGGCUGAGCCGCCUCCGGGGGCCGUUCGAGUACCGGGGACCCACCUGCGACUCCCUCCGCCCCGACACCCUCCUGCAAACGUACGACACCAUCACCAACUCCAACAUGAAGACUUUUGGCCACAACACCGUGGACAGGGUUCCUCGCAUCGAUUUCUACCGCAACACCGUGAGCUUCAGCGGCGUCAAAAUCAACAGACCGACGCUGGCAGACCUUCAUGAAGACCUGAAGAAGGAUAUUGUAUCAGUUCAUGGUACAGUGGAAGGUGUUGUCAAUGGUGAUGGUACAAUAAGUGAUGAAGCAGGAAGAAAGCCUCCAGAAAAUGAAUUGGUGAGGUUUGGAUGGAUCAAAGGUGUGCUGGUACGGUGUAUGUUGAAUAUAUGGGGUGUGAUGCUUUUUAUUCGAUUAUCAUGGAUAGUUGGUCAGGCUGGAAUAGGUCUUGCAGUUGUUAUUAUCCUGCUGGCAACUGUAGUUACAUCAAUUACUGGGUUAUCAACUUCCGCGAUAUCAACAAAUGGAUGUGUUCGUGGAGGUGGUGCCUACUAUCUCAUUUCCAGAAGUUUGGGACCAGAAUUCGGUGGAUCUAUAGGCUUAAUCUUUUCCUUUGCUAACGCAGUUGCUGUGGCCAUGUAUGUUGUUGGAUUUGCAGAAACUAUGGUGGAUAUUCUGAAGGAAAAUAAUGCACUCAUGGUAGAUCCAAUCAGUGAUAUCCGAAUAAUAGGUUGCAUUACGGUCGUAGUACUACUUGGCGUCACUGUAGCUGGGAUGGAAUGGGAGACCAAGGCUCAAGUUAUACUUCUGUUCAUUCUUCUGAUUGGAAUUUGUAACUUCUUUAUUGGGUCAGUUAUCCCUAGUAACAAUGGGAAAAAAGGCAAAGGUUUCUUUAACUAUCAAGCUAACAUAUUUGCAGAGAAUUUUGGACCAUCUUUUAGGGAUGGAGAAGGCUUCUUUUCUGUCUUUUCCAUCUUUUUCCCAGCUGCUACUGGUAUUCUUGCUGGUGCCAACAUCUCAGGUGAUCUAAAGGAUCCGCAGAGAGCCAUCCCUAAAGGAACAAUGCUGGCUAUCUUCAUAACAACGAUAACUUAUAUUAUUGUUGCCAUCUGUGUAGGUGCCACAGUUGUGCGUGAUGCCACUGGAAGUAUGAAUGAUACCAUAAGUCUUUCCAUAAACUGCAAUGGUUCAGCAGCCUGUAAACUGGGAUACGAUUUUUCCACCUGUGACAAACAGACAUGCAAAUUUGGUUUAAUGAAUAACUUCCAGGUUAUGAGCAUGGUGUCUGGUUUUGGACCCCUCAUCACAGCAGGAAUCUUUUCAGCUACUCUUUCUUCUGCCCUGGCCUCUUUAGUCAGUGCACCAAAGAUUUUUCAGGCCCUCUGCAAGGAUAAUAUUUAUAAAGGGCUAUAUUUCUUUGGGAAGGGUUAUGGGAAGAAUGGCGAACCAAUUAGAAGCUACAUUUUAACAUUCUUUAUUGCUGUUGCUUUCAUUCUGAUUGCUGAACUGAAUACUAUUGCGCCAGUUAUCUCAAACUUUUUCUUGGCCUCGUAUGCACUUAUCAACUUUUCAUGUUUUCAUGCUUCAUAUUCAAAAACUCCAGGGUGGCGUCCUUCAUUCAGAUUUUACAACAUGUGGCUAUCGUUGCUUGGAACUAUUUUGUGCUGUGCGGUCAUGUUUGUCAUUAAUUGGUGGGCAGCUGUAAUCACAGUUGCGAUUGUGUUAUUCCUCAAUAUUUAUGUUAUAUACAACAAACCAGAGGUGAAUUGGGGUUCUUCAGCACAAGCCAUGUCUUAUGUCACUGCACUACAAGAUGCCCUUUCACUGACUGGGGUGAACGAUCACAUUAAGAAUUUCAGGCCACAGUGCAUUGUAUUGACAGGAUCGCCGAUGUCUAGGCCAGCUCUGUUGGAUUUAACACUAUCGUUCACAAAGAAUUUCAGCCUGUGCAUUUGCAGUCAAAUAUUUAUGGGUCCACGGAAGCAAACAGUCAGUGAAAUUAAUAUGAAUAUCGAUAAAUAUCAGCAGUGGCUAACAAAGAACAAGAAAAAAGCCUUCUAUGCAGCAGUGGCUGGAGACAAUUUACGAGAAGGAGUAAAGUGCUUACUUCAGGCCUCCGGACUGGGUCGAAUGAAGCCAAAUACGCUUGUGAUUGGAUACAAGACAGAUUGGCAUUGUAUUAAUUUUCGGGAUGUUGACAAUUAUGUUGGCAUUUUGCAUGAUGCCUUUGAUUUUGAGUAUGGUUUGAUAAUUCUGAGGAUUAGCCAAGGACUUGAUAUCUCUCGUAUACUUCAGAUUCAAGAAGAAAUGCAAAGGCAAGAACUAGAAAGACUAGCACUGGAAUCUGCUAAGAAAGAUGAACAAGAGGAUGGAAAGCGUGGUAUCCGUUCACUGAAAUUCUUGAACAAAGCUGUGAAAUAUAAUGCAAAUACUUCACUAGCAGUAAAUGCUCAGCAAGGCUUUAAAAUCGCUACUGGCUAUGCUGCUAAUUUCAAUCAACGCCAAUUGGAAGCUAGUGCUCAAUUCCAAAUGAAUCAAGGGAAAGGCACAAUAGAUGUUUGGUGGCUGUUUGAUGAUGGAGGUUUAACGAUUCUCAUUCCGUAUCUGUUAACGACACGGAAAAAGUGGUCUGGUUGCAAAUUGCGUAUCUUUAUUGGCGGGAAGUUGGAUAGCAUUAAUGAGGAGAAACGGGCAAUGGCUGCACUCCUGGGAAAAUUUAGGAUUCAGUGUGCUGACAUCAAAGUCAUUGGAGAUAUUAACGUGAAACCAAGCAAGGAGAGCUGGAAAGCAUUUGAAGAUUUGAUUGAACCAUAUCAACUGCAUGAAAGUUCCAAGGAUCCUGUAACCGCUGAAUUAUUGCAGAAGGAGUAUCCAUGGAAAAUUACUGAUGCUGAGUUAGAGAGAUUUAAAGACAAGACAUACCGGCAAGUCAGACUCAACGAACUUCUACAGGAGAACUCUCGAGCUGCCAAUAUCAUUGUUGUGAGUUUGCCAAUUGCAAGAAAAGAAGCUGUAUCAAGCUACCUGUAUUUGGCUUGGUUGGAGAUUCUUUCUAGAAAUCUGCCUCCUGUCAUUAUGAUUAGAGGAAAUCAAAAGAAUGUGCUGACCUUUUACUCCUAACAGAAAAUUGAAUGUCAUGGCUGCAGCAAAUGCCGCACUUAUCAUCCAGUAUAUUUGAAUUGUUUAAAGGGCAUCUCUUGAUUUAAGUAGCAAACAGGCUUAAUUCUAGUUUCUAAAAUUCUUUGAUACCUUUCACAAAUAAUGUCGAUGGUUAUUCCUCUUCUGAAAUUGGGUUUUCAUGUUUGGUCAUCAAACGUAAUUAUAAAGUUAAUUUUUAAGUGCAAUUUGAAUGUUUUUGUUUUAAUUUUGCAAUGAUAAAAGAUUAUUCCAACUUGUACAGUCAUUGUACCAAAGAGAUAUACUCAUCAUGUAGCGAUUAUGUAGUUCCAUAAUUAUUCAUCAGCUAAGAUCUUCAGAGUUUCUAGUCCAUUGUUAAGGCCCCAUAUUCCUUCAUCUCAGAUUAAAACAAGACUUUAUCAGGCAUUUUGACUUGAUUAUGAUUAUGUUCAGUGCAUUAUUCAACAGUGAGCUUAAACAUAAGAAAAGUCUGCUGAGUUGAGUUGUCCGACAAGAUGACUUCCAGAAACAGGAUGUUAAAGGAAGAUGAGAACUUGUCAUAUCAAACAAAAUAGAAAUGUUUCUGACCAAAGUGGACAGAAAUGGUAAAAUGAGAAAAAUAUGUUAAAUUUCAUGAAAAGCAAAACACCUUUUAUCAUGUUGCCAGUUAUAUUUUGGAGGGAUUUCUUGCAAUGCGAUACAAAUAUUUUGUUGACAUUCAGAAUGUAUUGUUCCAUGAGUUCAAUUUAAAUAACUAUGUAAUCUGUAAAACAAUGGGAACUUUGUUGUAACCUAGUGUCAAAUAAUUGUUGAAAUAAAUUGCACUAGAAUUUAA